AUGUCAGGGCUGCGUCCUUUCCUCUACAAUAUUCAACUAUACGGUAGACUGGAUAAUGGGCAUCGCUUGUCGGCACUCACGAGAUCAGUCCAAAGUAGAGCAGACCCUGAAUACGCUGAUGACGCGAUCCUUUUUGUUGACAGUUAUAAUGAAAUGAUGUUAAACAAUGUAUCAAAUGCAGCGAGAGAGAAUUGGACUUAA